UCGAGAUCGUGUCUCGCUCGUGUUGCUAUUGCCCGUGGACGUGUGCGGCGACGGUAACGCGACGCGGAUGUGCGACGUGCGUCCUGGGGAGACGAGAAAGCAGCGGCAUGCGUGUUGACCCGCGCAUUAAGAUUAAGCGAUGAUCGGAACGAUUUAUUUUGUAGACGCGCUCGUGUUCUCGCCGCGAUGUAGACUCACGGCGUUCUUGCGUAUGCAAGCUUUUGUAGCCGCCGGUGAAUGAAAGGUAGAAGGCUGAUGCAACGCGAUUGAUGAAUAUAGCUAUUGCUGCAUGAGGUGAGUGUGCUUCAAUCAUGACGAGUAAUGUAGCAACUAUAAAACUUGAAGAUGGGCAAGAGUCUGUCACGGAGAUACAAACUUACUUGGAGACCUUUAAUAAGGAAAUAGAAGGUGGACAGGGAGAACAGCUACAACAUGUGCAGUUGCAACAAGUGGAAGGAUUGUCAGGUGGAGAAGAAGGUGGGACGUACUUUGUAGAUCAGUCUGGGCAGUAUUACUACCAGGCUAACAGUGAUGAAACACCUGUAAUGACACAAGUGCAAAUACAGGAAGUAGAAGAAACUGAUGUGCAAACUGAAGGUGAAGCUCAGGAUGAUCAGUAUCAUGAGAUUGAAGAACUUGAGAAUGUUGAAGGCGAGGAAGAGACACAAGUGGCUACCAAUGAAAACAAUCAAGUUGUAAUCAAUUCUGGCGAUGCAUAUCAAACUGUCACAAUUGUACCAUCUGAUACAAAUCCUGGGGAAGUCAGUUAUGUUCUGAUAGUUCAGCAACCUGAAGCUGAAGAUAAGGAAGCUAGAUCUACGGAGGCUGAAACAGCAGAAGGAGAGGAAGGUGAAGGCGAACAGGACUUGACUGUAUAUGACUUUGAAGAUAAUGAGGACAAUGAAGCUCCAGUGGAAUCUGAAGCUGAAGAUGAUAAGACUAAAGUCAUGAAAUUCCUCCCAAAGAAAUCUCAAACAGUCACACAGGCACACAUGUGCAACUACUGUAACUACACAAGCCCAAAACGGUAUCUCCUCUCGCGGCAUAUGAAAUCACAUUCGGAAGAAAGGCCACAUAAGUGUAGUGUUUGUGAAAGAGGAUUUAAAACUUUGGCUUCGCUACAGAAUCAUGUCAACACACAUACUGGGACCAAGCCUCAUCAUUGUAAAUACUGUGACAGUGCAUUCACAACUUCUGGUGAACUUGUGAGACAUGUUCGGUACAGACACACCCAUGAAAAACCGCACAAAUGUCAUGAGUGCGAUUAUGCGUCAGUCGAGCUGUCAAAACUCAAGAGACAUAUUAGAUGUCAUACAGGGGAGCGACCUUAUCAGUGUCCACAUUGUACAUAUGCCAGUCCAGAUACGUUUAAAUUGAAACGUCAUCUUCGCAUUCAUACCGGAGAGAAACCGUACGAAUGUGAUAUGUGUCCGGCGAGAUUUACUCAAUCCAACAGCUUAAAAGCACACAAAUUAAUACACAAUGGCGAUAAACCAGUAUUUCAAUGUGAAUUAUGUCCAGCCACGUGUGGAAGAAAAACAGAUCUCAGAAUUCACGUGCAAAAGUUGCACACUUCUGACAAACCUUUGAAAUGCAAGCGUUGCGGAAAAACAUUCCCAGAUAGAUAUAGUUAUAAAUUGCACAGUAAAACUCACGAAGGGGAAAAGUGUUACAAGUGCGAUCUAUGUCCGUACGCAUCGAUAUCCGCACGUCACUUGGAAAGUCAUAUUCUCAUUCAUACAGACCAGAAACCGUACCAAUGUGACCAUUGCUUCCAGUCAUUCAGGCAGAAACAGUUACUCAAACGGCAUUGUAACCUCUAUCAUAAUCCCACUUAUGUCCCUCCACCACCGCAGGAGAAAACACACCAAUGUCCCGAAUGUAUAAGAGCGUUUAGACAUAAAGGAAAUCUUAUACGACAUAUGGCCGUUCACGAUCCCGAAUCAUCGUUACAAGAAAAACAGCAAGCUCUUAAGAUUGGUAGACAGAAAAAGAUUCAGAUCAUCGACGGUCAGCGUGUCGAAGUAAUGACAGGUUAUGAAGAUGAAGAAGAGGAAGAGGAUGAAGAAGAUACCAUGAUGGCAGUCCAAGGUAGUGAUGGCCAACAAUAUGUCGUGCUAGAAGUCAUUCAGUUGGCGGACAAUCAAGGAACUGAUCAAGUGAGCGAUAAUAUGGCUGUGGUCGCAAGUGAGGACGGGGAAUUGGUAAUGCAAGAUCCUUUGAGUCAAGAAAAUAGUAUAGUAACAGGGACAGAGGAGGUUGACGAGAUAGAAGAGGAAGAUGUAGUAGAAAUCCAGGAUAUGAAGAUAGAAUCCGUUACGAAUAAAUCUUCAGCACAGAAUACACAAAGUGAUCCAAAGUUGCAAAAAGAAAUGGAAACUUGUUUCGGUUUUGAUGAUGAAGAGGAAGAAGAGGAGGAAGAUGGUAGUAAUAUAAAUAUGUUACAAACAAUUUCGUAAUAACAAUUGUAAGAGGAAAAAUGUACCUACUUUAUAGUCUAAUGUUUUACUUUCCUCCCAGUGUAAGUGUACGUAUUAAUAUAAGGAAGAAAAUUAUUAAAAGAUCGAGAGAGAAAGACAGAGAAACUACAUGCUGUGUACAGAAAAAAAAAAAUACUGAGUGCGAUGCUUAUUAUGUAGAAAUAGUUUGCAUAGCUCUCAGUGAAACUUUUUUUAGAACACAUUGGGCCAUUUUACAUGGUACAAGAACUUCUUUUGCCAUUAGUGCAUUAGGUACAUGUAAUAAUUUAUAAAAAUAUUGUAGUUUUGUGGUUUAACGGAAUAUCAAGCAAAAAAAAAUGUACAAUUAUGACAAUGUAAAGUAUGUUUAUGUUAUCAUCACUGAGAACUAUAAAAUCUACAAAUGACAUUAACAAAUAAAUUAAGUCAUAU